AGCUAACGUCCCUUGCGAUCUCUCUCAAGUCAGUACAGGAUGAUUUCGACCUCGCUCGCAGUCCCCGACCUGCCCACUUCUCCCGCGCGUGCCGAGUGGACGCUCAACGAAAACGACGAAGAUGUCCGACGCAUGGUCAUAACCCGUGGCUUGGUCAACCAGUCACCCGACGUGUACAAGGACUCGUUCGGGCGCGCUUACUGGCAACUUCCCGCAUACUAUGCUCUCUGCUACGUCACGUCCACGUCGAACAUCUAUUACCAGUGCAAGAAAAGGCCCAUCGAUCGCAACGGCAACCAGGCCUUCUUCGGUGACCGGUGCUUCACCGUCUUCAUGUGGCUCGAAAGGCUGAAGGCGACACUUGGAGUGUCGGAGGACAAAGGCUUGGUCAAGUGCGAGCUCAAGGACGGGCGCUUGGUGUAUGUGCUGGUCAUCGCGGCGUCGGACAAGCCAGAUACAAUUCCGCGUCCAGCCGCACGUAUUCAAAAGUUCAGGGAGUUUCUGGAACUCAGGAUAGAGCCCGUCGUGCGGAGAGUUGUGCAGCCUCCGCUUUAUGAUUAACUCAUUACAACGCCGCUUCGUGUCGACCAAGAGUUCCCCAACUCAUUUCCUACUCACGUCCAGGCUUUCUAUGCUUGUUACUCAUCGUACCUGAUCGCAGCUCGUGCUCUCCUCUGUGAUGUAGCGUACGGAACCUUCUGAGCCUUGCAAAAGGGACAGGCAACGUCGAUCCAGUGUGACCAAUGGCAGCGAUUGCUUAUAAUCUAUCUUGUUCGUUGCCUGUCAAGUCACGCUAUGCCCUUGAUACUAAUUUAGUUUACGAAAGAAGCGCUAAGCCUAGCAAUUGAACGGAUGACUCAGGAUCACAGUUGAACUUCGCGCGGGCUGAACGGCGGGAG